UGUAACUUUAAAUCCAUAAUAAAGGAAUUAUACAUUGUAACUUUAAAUCCAUAAAAAUCAAGUGAAUUGACCUAGAUGGAUCUUAGCUAAAUUUAAUUAUUGGAAUAUUGUUAUUAAACCUCCCUCUUAUUCCGAGGAUAUAUUUCAGAAGGAACAAACUACUUUAGUCCUCAACAUUGCCAUUACCAUUACACCCUUACCAAAUCUCUCUCUUUUUCUCUAUCUCCUCUUCGUCACUGUCUAAACUCUAAAUCCCAUUUUCAUACCUCGAGCUUCAUCCAUCAAUGGCGGCUUCUUUCGCAAUCCAAGCAAAUGUUACUUCAAUCUCCGGCAAAAGAGACCUAGUCCCGGUUAAUUCCGCCGUCAAUUCCGCCGUUCGGAGUUCUCUCAAACUCCCGAGAAUUCCUCUGUCGUCUUCUAAUUCCUUCGGUCACGUGUCCCUCACAUGCUCUUCUCCUCUUUCUCUUCGCCGGAAACCUGCUUCUCUUACCUCUGUUCGAGCUUCUGCUGAGGAGACUACAUUGCAAUCAAAUGUGACGAAUAAAGUGUAUUUCGAUAUCAGCAUUGGGAAUCCAGUAGGGAAGUUGGCUGGUAGGAUUGUGAUUGGUCUCUUUGGUGAAGAUGUGCCUCAAACUACUGAGAAUUUCAGAGCUCUUUGCACUGGUGAGAAGGGCUUUGGUUACAAGGGUUCCUCGUUUCACCGUGUUAUCAAGGAUUUCAUGAUUCAGGGAGGAGAUUUUGAUAAAGGAAAUGGAACUGGAGGUAAAAGCAUCUAUGGCCGUACAUUUAAGGAUGAGAACUUCAAGCUGUCUCAUACUGGUCCUGGAAUAGUUAGCAUGGCCAAUGCAGGCCCCAAUACUAAUGGCAGCCAAUUUUUUAUAUGCACUGCUAAGACUCCAUGGCUGGAUCAGAGGCAUGUAGUCUUUGGACAGGUUCUGGAAGGCAUGGACGUAGUUAGGCUCAUUGAAUCACAGGAGACAGACAGAGGUGACCGUCCAAGGAAGAGGGUUGUCAUCAGUGAUUGUGGAGAGCUUCCAGCAGUAUGAUGCAUAUAUUUGUGGUGUCUGAAUGAUGUACCUCGUGCUGCAGGCUUCAGUUUUGCCAUUUCUUUCACAUUAGAAGGCUUUAUUCUUUACAUGACUAGCCUAUUUGUGCACGUCUCUCUAUUCCCUAGUUUUUGCCGGUAUAGAGGAUUCAGUAAAUUUAGACUACAUCCUGGUUGAUGUAUCAGGCACUAGAGAGCGUACACUACAUUUUAGCCAUCUCAUAGAGAUCUUUUUGGUGGAUUAGUAUUGUGUACUGAUGUCUAUAUUGCUGUUGUAAAAUGUUUACUUCAUGAUCUACGAAUGAUACAGAUUGCACUUUUAGAAA